AUGUCUUCCCUUGUUACUGAAACUCAACUGAGAAUUUACCCUUACCCUUCACCAAGGUUUUGGUAUUUGGAUCCCGUUUAUCAUACAAAUAUAAAACUGUAUAUUUCAAGUUUAUUAAAACUUAAGAGGAUUCAGUUUACGGAAGGUUCCAGAACCGUCCAGAGUUUUUUUGUUAAAAAUCAUCCAAUUAAGAAAGUUGAAAUAAUUGCGCCAAUAACUGGUAUUGAUAUUAUAAGAGGUAGCAUUAUUAGAUAUACGGAAAAAGGAAAAGGCGGAAGACAUAAUAAAUAUAUAGAUAAUCCACAGUUUGAUCUCGGGACACUUGUAAAAGUUAUUGGAAGAUUAAAUGUGUUUAAUGGAAAAAGGGAAAUUAUUUUUGACACAGGAAAAAUAUAUGUCAUAAAGGAUCCUAAUGUGGAGUACCUUCGAUGGUUUGAAAUUCUUACGUUAAUGAGAGAUGUUUAUUCUAAACCAUUUAUUCUGCCUCCUAACGAUAUGACUUUGAUUUAUAAUAUUAUCGAUGACGAGGAAGCGAAUGAAGACGAAGCGGAAUUGAUUGAUGAUGUUAGUGAUGAAGAGGAAAGUUCAGAUGAAGACAAUGAUAAAGAGAAAAAGUCGGAUGAAGACAAUGAUAAAGAGGAAAAAUCAGAUGAAGACAAUGCGGAAUUGACUAAUAAUGUUAGCGAUAAGGAAGCGCCAUUUAUAAUGUCGAAAUUAGAAGAAAGAUUGGAUGAAGACAAUAUGAAAUUGAUCUAUGAUGUUAGUGAUAAAGAGGAUACACCACUUAUAAUGUCGAUAUCAGAGAAAAAAUCGGAUGAAGACAUGCAAACAUCAAUCCCCGACCCCGAACUGUUUGAAAGAAUGAGCAUUUUGGAAGAUCAAUCUUCGCAACUAACAGAAGAUAA